AUGGCCGCGGUUCGACACGCAAUGAGGAGGCUCGGCGGCUCCCUGCUCUGGCCAACGGCCACCUCACCGGCAGCGGCGGCGCCAAGGCGGCUCACGCACAGCGAAAGCUUGGCCUCGGAGCAAGCUCGUCACGAGGAGGUGCUGCGCAAGGUCCAGCAGAAGACGGACGAGCUGUACGAUGUGUUGUGCGAGGUGGAGCGGGACUUCUGCACGAGCAGCUGGCGCAACACGCGCAUGCUCCAGCACCUCUCCAUGAGGGUCACGCCGAGGCCGUGGGACUGGAGGUGGCGCAUCCGGCGCUUCAACAGAAGGUUUCACAAUGUGGCAGAGCUUGCCGGGUUUAUCUCGCUCUACUUCGGCUUGGAGGCGCUGAAACAAGAAGUCGAGGAAAAGGAAAAGCAUGCGGCCGAGGCAACGACGGCGUCCUGCCCGAUCGACUGA